AUGACUGUUUCCACUACAGGAACGGAUGGCGUGGUGCCUUCUUUGAACUGCCCUGCUGACGUUGAAGCUGGUUCAGAUGGCACAGCCACCUGGACUCCGCCAACACCGACUGAUGCUUCAGGGAUCGUCUCAACCACCUCAACUUUAACCCCAGGAUCAGUAGUCCCGGAGGGUUUCACCACUGUCACCUACAAUACUGUUGAUGGUACUGGCAACCGAGCCUCCUGUUCUUUCAUAGUGCAAAGGGCAGUAACCGGCGCUUUUGGGCCGGUCAUCACAAGCUGUCCAAAUAAUAUCCAGCAGACAGUGACCAGUGCCAGUGGUAUUGUGACAUGGACAGAACCAACAGCUUACGAUGACAGUGGGCAUGUGCGGCUCGUCAUGCAGACUCACUCUCCCAACACUGCUUUCCCAGUUGGCACAACACCAGUGGAAUACCUCUUCCAAGAUCCAACAGGGAGCACUGCUAGAUGUGUCUUCACGGUCGAACUCACUGUUGCAGUUGGCGGUGUAGAUGUGACACCUCCUGUCAUCAGUGGUUGCCCAGCCGAUAUAACUGUCAACCCGGAUGCUGGUCAAACCUUUGCCACUGUAACAUGGACACCACCAACAGCAACAGACAACAGUGGAGCUCAGCCAAAUGUAGCCAGUACUCACAAUCCCGGGCGAAGAUUUAAUGCUAACACAGUCUCCCAAGUAACCUACACAUUCUGGGAUGCCCGAGUCAACAUUGCCACAUGUCAAUUUACUAUCACAGUCACAGGAAAGCACUGA